UGUGAUCAAUUAGAGCUAGAACUCUCCGAAAACUUUGAACGAAAUGUAACUCCGGAUAGCUCGAGACGAAUCAAAUCACGGUCGCCGUUUCGUGCAAACAAAAACGCAAAUGUUCAUCCGCCUCGCCGCUCCGCGAACUCCCAGAGUCUGAUUUUUUUCUUCCCGCUUCUAACAGGCUCUCAGACCUUCAUCAGUCAAAAUGCCUCAACAGAAGGAUAUUGUAAAGAUCGCCAUCCAGAUGCCAGGGGCGUACCCGCAGCUCAUUCAGCUGGACCAGAAAAAGCCCCUCACUUCCGUCAUAAAAGAGGUUUGUGAUAAGUGGAAUCUUCCGGGCCCUGAAAACUAUGCUAUCCAGUAUGCAGAUGGGAUCCAGACGUACAUCACUGAAUCUAACCGCCUGGACAUCAAAAACGGCAGCAUCCUGCGCUUAACCAAAGCACCAGGCCGCUGUGCUGAGGAUCUGUAUAAAGGCAUUCAGAGCUCAGACGCCAAUGUUCGCUGUGACUCACUGAAGCUCCUGGCCUCAGUUUCCACCGACAUCACGUUUGCACAAGAGUUUAUCAGUCGCGAUGGACACUCCCUGUUGGUCAAGAUAGUAGAGGACGCUCAGGAGUCUCCUGUGAUCAUGACACACACACUCACUGCUUUCAUGGAGCUCAUGGACCAUGGCAUUGUGUCCUGGGAGAAUCUGUCCAGUGUUUUUAUCAAAAAGAUGGCCAGUUUUGUGAAUGCGAAGGUUCUGGACACAUCCAUCCAGCAGGUGUCGCUGGCUAUCCUGGAGAGCAUGGUCCUCAGCAGCAGCAGUCUGUUCACAGAGGUCAAGCAGGAGAUCACGCUGGAGAGGCUCCUCUCACAUCUGCAGGUAACAAACCAGCAGCUGCAGACGAAGGCCAUGGCUCUGCUGAUGGCGUUGCUGCAGGCUGGAGGAGAAGCAGACCGACAGGAGCUCUUUGAAUUUCUUGAGAAGAGGAACCUGCGCCAGUACAUUCACAAGAACAUCAUCCACAGCUCCAGUUCAGUAGGAGAUGAAAUGGCCCAUUACCUGUAUGUGCUGCAGACAGUCAGGCUGAACCACCUGGAGCCCCGCAUGAGGACUCCUCUGGACUCCUACAGCCAGGAGCAGAGGGAUAUGCUGCACGGGCUGCGUCAGGCCGCAUUCGAGACUGAGAGUGAGAGUGGACUGAGCAAUGAACGCAGGCGCUCGCUCUGUGCUAAAGAGUUCAAGAAGCUCGGCUUUUCAAAUAACAGUAAUCCUGGUCAGGAUCUGAGCCGGUGUCCUCCAGGUCUACUGGCGUUGGACACAAUGGCAUAUUUUGCCUCCCGUUAUCCUGACGCAUACAGCCGGUUUGUGCUGGAGAACAGCAGCAGAGAAGACAAACACGAGUGUCCGUUCGCCCGCAGCAGUAUCCAGCUCACACUCAUUCUGUGCGAGAUCUUGCGCAUCGGAGAACCUCCCUCUGAGACGGGUUCAGACUAUCACCCGAUCUUCUUCGCUCAGGACCGUCUGGUGGAGGAGCUGUUCUGCAUCUGCAUUCAGCUGCUCAACAAGACUUGGAAGGAGAUGAGAGCCACGCAGGAGGACUUCGAUAAGGUGAUGCAGGUUGUGCGUGAGCAGAUCACCAGGACCCUAGCAAGCAAACCCACGUCUCUGGAGCUCUUCAAGAAUAAAGUGAACGCGCUGAACUACAGUGAGAUCCUCAAACUCCGACAGACAGAGAGACUCCACCAGGAGGAGACGCUUGCUCCACCUGUGCUAGAGCUGAAGGAGCGUCUGAAGCCGGAGCUUCUGGAGCUAAUCAGACAGCAGAGACUGAACCGUCUGUGUCACGGAACGCUCUUCAGGAAGAUCAGCAGCCGCCGGAGACAAGACAAGCUGUGGUACUGUCGACUUUCUCCUAACCACAAAGUGCUGCACUACGGAGAUGUUGAGGAGGAGACGGAGACGCCCUCCAUCGAGGCUCUUCAGGAUAAGAUUCCUGUGGCAGACAUUAAGAAUGUGGUGACUGGAAAAGACUGUCCUCACAUGAAGGAGAACAAGGGAAAACAAACUAAGGAGGUACUGGACUUGGCUUUCAGCAUCACGUAUGACGUUGAGGAGUACAGCCUGAAUUUCAUCGCCUCGUCCAGAACAGACUUCUGCCUGUGGACGGAUGGACUCAGUGUGCUUCUGGGUAAAGAAAUGAGCAGUGAAAGCAUGCGCAGUGAACUGGAGAUUCUCCUCUCGAUGGAAAUCAAGCUCCGUCUUUUGGAUUUAGAAAACGUCCCGAUCCCAGACGCAGCGCCGCCCAUCCCGAAACCCCCCAGCAACUUCAACUUCUGCUACGACUUCAGUCAGACCGAACAGUAA